UCCGUGCCUUUGUGCACCAUUACGACGCGACCCUAAUGGCCUCGUAGCAGUCCCAACACUUAGUGCUUGUACGGGUACAGGGCCGCCCUGUUCACACACACAAACGCGCACACAGGUCCUCUCCAAAUGCGUCCUGGACUGGCGGGUAUAGCGGUGGAGAUGCUGAGCGGUGCUACCUGCAGGGUCAGGCCGAGGCUCGGCAGCCUCUUGCUGGCCCCCGUCACCAAAACAGUGCCGCCUAUGUCAAGCACGGAGAGCCACAGAUUUCGGUCCACGUCCUCGAUGCAGGGAUUUUCAGAGUUGGCAAGAGAGCGAUCAAAGACUGUCACGUCGUUUUACAACCAGUCUGCAAUUGAUGUUUCCGCAGAAAAGGCCUCAGUGCGACUCACCUUAGCGACCCUGCUGUAUUCUGGGAAGUCUCCUGAUGGACACCACAUCUUGAGCAGUGCCAAGUACCUACAGAAGGAGCUGCCUGUGCGAAUCGCUCAUCGCAUAAAGGGCUUCCGUAGUUUGCCCUUCAUCAUUGGUUGCAACCCCACCAUUCUGCAAGUGCAUGAACUGUAUAUCAGAGCCUACCACAUGCUCAGUGACUUUCCCCCGAUCAAAGAUCAGGAUGUGGAGGCUCGUUUCUGUAAACUGGUGCAGCAGCUUCUGGAUGACCACAAAGAUGUGGUCACCAUGCUGGCCCAGGGCUUCAAGGAGUGCCGCAGACACAUCCAGGAUGAGACAAUCAUCCGCAGCUUCCUGGACACAACGCUGUGCUCUCGUCUGGGAAUCCGAAUGUUGGCCACGCACCAUCUCGCCCUCCACGAAGAUAAUCCUGAUUUUGUUGGGAUCAUAUGCAGACGUCUCUCUCCCAAAAAGAUCAUAGAGAAGUGGGUGGACUUUGCCAGACGUCUGUGUGAGCACCAGUACGGUAACUCACCCCGGGUGAGGAUCAACGGACACGUAGCAGCUCGCUUCCCCUUCAUCCCUCUGCCUCUGGAUUACAUCCUGCCCGAGCUCCUCAAGAAUGCCAUGAGGGCCACCAUGGAAAGCCAUCUGGACACCCCGUACAAUGUGCCCGACGUGGUUGUGACCAUUGCCAAUAAUGACAUUGAUUUUGUCAUCAGAAUUUCAGACCGUGGUGGCGGCAUCCCUCACAAUAUAGUAGACAAGGUGAUGGACUACCACUUCAGCACGGCUGAGGAGAGUGCGCAGGACCCCCGCAUGAGCAACCUCUUCAACAACAUUACCAACAGUGGAAACCAGUCCAGCCCUAUGCAUGGGUUUGGCUUCGGCUUGCCCACAUCUAGGGCCUACGCUGAGUACCUGGGCGGCUCUCUGUCCAUACAGUCUAUGCAGGGCAUUGGCACUGACGUCUACCUGCGUUUGCGCCACAUUGACGGCAAAGGAGAGAGUUUCAGAGUGUAAAGGUCACUGGUGAUUCUUGUAGAUCCCAACCUAGGAAUCAGGCCAUGCAGGUGCGUAAAGGGUUUUUCCACCACAGAGGUCGCAUGGCGUGGACUACAGGACUUUGGUCCACAGAGUGAUACACAUGUAUGUUGUCAGAAAGCUCCUAACUUCACCAACCCACUACUUGUUCUUUUUUUUUUUUGCCUUAGACUGAUUAUAAGCUAUGUUAGCUGUCAAGUUGAUGAUUUCACUUGUUUUCCUCAGUGUUUUGUACCCUGUGGCUUGUCGUCUUGAAGUUUUGGGGGGGUGGUUGGGGAGGGGUAUAUGGACUGUUGAAUGUUUAGGUUAAUGGGACAAACUGUGCAUGAUAGUGGACAUUGAUGAGGGAGGAAGGACAGGAAAACAAGAGCUUCAGUUUUAAAGAAGUUCACUUUGAAGUUACGAGUUGCAUAGCCUCAAAAUAGGAACAGACAUUUUGAUGGAUAAACGUUUCAAAUGAAUCUUCUCAGACACUCCAGCAGCCUUUUCAAAAUCCCCUCAAAGGGCGCGAAGCUGCUCACAUGGUCCAUGAUGAUCAGAAUCACCUGUUUGUUACAGAAUCUAAGGUGUACAAGGGAAGAUUGCAUAUGUUGGCAGGAAUACACAAGUUUAACUUCAGUGUCCUCGUGUUAAAGAUGAUGUGCUUGCCAGCGCGUACUGUAAACCUCAGCCCUUGGCAGCCCUUAGCAACAUUCUACACAACCUUCUCUGACUUCAGCUGAGGCUGAUAAACGCAGAAGAAACUGCCAAAACACCGAAUGCUCAUUAACAGAUUUCUGUCUUGUUCUGUUUUGAGAACACACAACCAGAUGAACAUCCCUGUUCAGCGGUGUAUUUGUGGAGCUUUCAGGCAGGGAAGCCAACCGAGACGUUCAGUUGCCUUACGGCGUGACACUUCAACUGCAUGCUGACUUUUACUUUUCUUGUUUUCUCUCUGUUGCCUUUAUCGGUUCACACAGAUACACACCAUGUCGGUCCGUUUCAUUAGUUUGAUGUUUUUGCACAAUGAAUAGAUUUUCUGUUGUAAUACUCAGCAUUUGCACCAAUCAUAGCAGUUUUGACUUUAUUGUAUCAACUUUCAGAGUAACAAUAUACCAGAGAAGUAUUAUCUAAUAUUGUCUUCUUUUUUUCUGUUUUUUUUUUUUUUUUUUUCUGAUUUUGUUCGGAAAGUGUCAGUUACAUUUGUUUGCUAUCUUUUUGAAAAAACGUUUUGUAUGAGAUCACAUUUCAAGACUGGUCAGCAACUGGGUUUCUGCACUGUUAUCUGUGGGAGUUCAGAUCGGCUAAUGUUGCUAAUAAUUCUUUAGGUCAAUUAUUAUCUCCAGAUCACAACUUGAUUAUGUUGUUAUCUUGAGACGACAAAUCUGAUGUUUAUAUUUUAUUUCUAUGAGUUUUGCCCCUUUUUUCCUACAUUCAGCUUUCUUUGAAGCAUAUAGAGUCAGUGGUGCAGCAACAUGGAUGUGAUCCCUCACCGGCUUCCCACCAACAAAUAUAGACAUUAUGGAGAAGAAAUGCACAUCCAAGCGUGAGUUAGGCGAACUUAACCAUUUUCUUUUUUGGCCCAUAUUUUCAAAAUGGUGGUUAAAUUAGACCAUUAUCUCUAAAUAUUUUAAACAUAAGACAUUUUGUUCUUGUGAUCUCCGCUGAAAUGUCUUCAUUAGCUCAGGAUAACAGGCUUCAGUACUUCAUGAUCUGUCAAAGUCAGUUUCAUCAGUCAUUCCUCUCAACCUGAAGACAAACAGAUGAGUAUCACAAAAACAUUGUUCAUAUUGGAAGAGAUCAUUAGUGAAAAUGACAAUCAGUAAAUUCAAGUUGUGAUCUCAUGGAGAAAAUUAUUAGCAGCACUGGCCAAAGGCAGCUCCUGCUUCGAGUUAUAUGAAUCAAAUAACAGUGCAGAAAAAAAAACUGAAGCCAAGUAAUGAGGUUUAGAAAUUUGCCCUUAUACAAUAGAUUGUCACCUCAAGCACUCCUCACAUUUUGUUGUACAUUCCCCAGUUGACACCAAGCAGCAAAUCAACCUGAAUGCAACAUUUACACUUUUGUUUUAUCUGUUUUAUUUUGGGAGCAUAUGUUGUUAUAUUAGCUUACACUGUUAUCUUUUUAUCUGAGAGGGCAUUGGGAAUCUUGAGCUCUUAUUAACAGGAUGGGAAAUCUAUGAACUUUGUAAACCAUCAGAAGUUACUAUUCAAAGCAGUUUUGUUUUCUUUUUUUCUUUCUCUUCAGAUUUUCAUUUUUGGCUCUUGAGAGACUCAACCUGUUGAUUAUUGGUUAUAUCACUGGCCUGGAUUUGUAUGUUUUAUUCUAAAGAUAUAUCUUAAAAGCUUUAGAAUCACACACAUUGUAUAGACUACCUAAUGGGAAAAUGGGACUGUUUUUUGUUUUAGAAAACCUAUGAAUAAUAUGCGAUUCUGAAAUGUUUUAUACCUUACAAAUUAAGCAACAGGUUCUCUUGGAUUUGCACUUAAAAUGUCUCCUAUGCUUUUUUUUCCCCACUGAGUUUACGUACAAAUGUUCCUUGAGUUAAAAUGAGAUUUUAGCCUGGGAGACACUGUGAAAACUUAGGUGAACCCGUUACAUCAGUUGUAAGAUAUCAAAACAUAACCUGAUUUAAUUUGUGAAAGGCUCAUAUUUAUUUUGACAUUUUAUGAAACAAAAAUAGCCCCAUAUAAUUCACAGUUCCAGAAUGAUGGAAAGCAGCCUGGAUUAUCUGUACCUGUAUCCUUGCUGAGGCCCUGUAUAUGAAUUAAUGUGUUUCAUUGUGGCUUUGAAGGUCUUGAAGAUGUAGUAUAUUCUAUAUGUAUUUUAUGCAUGUGAAACAUGGGGGAGUUAACAUCACAUAGCUGCCAGAUGCUGGUAAACAUGGUUUAGGGUUUGUGUCCUUGUGUUUAUGAGGCACAUAAACAGGAGAUCAGCAUCAUUUGGAGAUUUUCUUCUUUUCCAAAAUGUUACUGGUAAAAUGUUAAAAGAGGAUUGUAAAUUUGGGAUUUGGCAGCUAGGCACUGUCUGCCCUCUGCUGGCCUAACAAGAAAACUUCAGGUGGACUGAAAAAAUUAUUCUUGGAGGAAAUAUUAAGAGCAUCAUUUUAAUUUUUGAAGAGGGACAAAAACAUGCAACAUAUAAAGGUUUAUUUCUGUGUUCCAGCUCUUGGAUUUGUUAUUUUUGCAGAUAGAAAUGAAGAUCAUUUCAACAUCAUCUCCAGUACAAAGCCAAAUACUGGAGUCAUGUUACUGUCAAAAUGUGCUGCCAUGGAGUGUUUUGUCUCCUAGACUGAAAGUAGCUUCUCCCACAUGUUUUCUGUUAUGUUGAUGAAUCUUUAGACAUUAAAUUUUAUUUGGUUGGAA